AUGAUCGUCAGGGAUCUCAAGCGACUGGUGCUGUUGCUCUGCCCCGUGGUCGCACUGCUUUUCGUUACCGUUGGAUUAUGGCACACGCAGCCCGACUACCUCCGAGGCCGAGUCGGCGAGUUUCUCGGCAGGCCUCUUGGCUCCGGCCCGGCCACAACUGACAGUGAGGAGGACAAGAAACAGAAACCGGACGUCGGUAGCUACGACCGUCCGAAUCCCCUCGCGCCGACGGCCGCUUGGCACAGGAUCUUCUCGGCGUCGACGACUGACAAGAAGUACUUCGAGAUCAAGUUCGGCCAUGUCCCCGUCUUCAACCCCAACAUCCUCCCACACCCUACACAAAAUGAUACCUGGAUGCUCAUGGGCCAGAAAUGGACCGAUCACCAGGCCGAAGGAAAGGGCUUCAUUGCCCUCGAGAUGGGUUGCGACGCCAAGUUUUCGGGAGACAUCCUGACGUGUGUCGGCGAGCCAAAGCCGCUACCUAUUGAACCGACCACAGGCGACAAGUGCACUGGCAAGUACGCGCCGCUCAACUUGAACCAGGGCCCUCACGAUGCGCGCGCCUUUUACGGGCCGACGAAGCCGUACACCAUCUAUGGGUCCAACAGUGCCUUUACCUGCUUUGGCCAAUGGAUUCAGGAUUUCCGAACUCUCGUCGACUGGCCUGCCGAGCCACUCGUCCAGGAUGACUUUGAGUACGGAACAGAGCUUCAGAGGCCACCCCCGUACGGCAUCCUCGAGAAGAACUUUUUUGCGUUCUGGGACAAGGACGACAACAUGUACAUCCACUACGACAUGUACCCCUCGCGUUCCUUCGGCGCCGUCGACGGCAAAGGAGCCGUGAUCGGAUCGGACCUCGCACCCAAAGCCGCGAGCUACGACAAGAAGUGCAUGGCGCGCUACAUGCCCAAGCUGGCACCCGAGCUCGAGUCCAUCCAUCAGGCCACCAACUCGCUCAAGGUCACGCUCUGCCAGCGGUCCGACGAGAACUGCAAGCCCGACGACUCCAACACGUUCAUCAUGACGAUCAUCCAGCACAAGACGUACUACAGCUGGCAUAGCGAGUACGAGCCGUACGUCGUUCUCUUUCACCAGCGGGCUCCCUUUGAGAUGUACGCCAUGUCCAAGAAGCCGAUUUGGAUCCACGGCCGGGGACGUGACGAGGGACGGAGGAGGACAGACAUGUUUUAUGUCACGUCCAUGGCCUGGAAGGAGCAUGGUAACAAGUACCACGCCUACUCGGACGAUGUGGUGUUUCUGGCUUUUGGGGUGGAGGAUAAGGGAGCGGGGGGGGUUGAUGUGCGUGCUGGGGAGCUGUUGAAGGGGUUGGGGCGUUGCUCCGAGGCGUGA